AUGGAAGAAAGGAAAACCAAGGACAAGGAAGAAGAAACCAAGAGCUUGGAGAAAUGUGUAUACAAGUCAGGCUGGCUCGGCGACACAAACAGGUUGGGCAAGCCCGACGACCCACAUAAGUCGGGCGGACCCAAUGACCCACGUGUAUCAGGCUGGCCUGAUGACACAAACGGAUCGAAUGAGCCCGACAACCCAAACAGGUCGGACAAGCCCGACAACCAAGACGAGUCCGACAGGCCUAACGACCAAGACAAGCCAGACGAGCCCGACGACCAACCAUGGUUAGAUUUGUCCAAUGACCAAGAAAGGCAGGACAGACCCGAAGACCAAGACAAGCCUGACAACCAAGACGGGUUAGACGGGCCCAACAACCAAGACGAGACGGACAUGCCUGACGACCAAGACGGGUCAGACAAGCUCGACGACCAAGACCGACCAGACGUGGCUGAUAACCAAGAUGGACUGGACGGGCCCAACGACCAAAACGGUCUAGACGGACGCAACGACCAAACCUGUUGGACGGGCAUGACGAUCAAGACGAGUCAGACGGGCCCAACAACCACAUGUGUCGGUUGGGCAUGA